AAGAUGUGGCAUUGUGUACAUAGAACCAAGUCACUUGGGCUGGGAAUGCCUCGUAAUGUCCUGGUUGCACACUUUACCAGUUGCUUUAAAUGCAAACCACAAAAAUAUAGUUAAAAAUCUGAUUCUGAGGUUUAGCAGUCUUUUGAUAUAUUGGCUUCGAAAUAGAGAUGCCAAAGAAAUCUUCCCCACCCAAGAUGCAAGUUUAGUCAUAGCCUUGAUGAAUUUCUUCGAGUGUUUCAUGGAUGACUUUAAUAAUGAGAAAUACGUUGAAACUCUGACAGAGCUAGACAUCAGAGCGCAGAUUGAGGUACCUGAUUUGUUCCUCUCCUCGAAAUAGAUAUAAGUUUUUUUUGUACAACACAGAGAAUUGUAAGGUGGACGAUGUACCAAGAAGAAAAUACUGAUGUCAUUUUAAUGUUAUAGAUACGUGAUAAAUAAGGCCCAUUAUUAAAUCAUUAUUAAGGAA